UUCUUGACUUGUUAAAUAACCUGUUAACAAAUGACAUUGACAAUGACGUGAUAUUUGAAUUAGAUUACCAAAUUAGACUAAAGGAAUCACAAUUCCCUCUACCACCUUAUCACAAAGCACAGCGCAAUGUCGCAGCUUUACCACAAAUCGAUGUCAGCGCUUGACAAAUUCGUACCUGCGAAGUUUCAACCCUUAUGGCAACACCCUGCGGGUCCAAAGACUGUGUUUUUUUGGGCCCCAGUAUUCAAGUGGGGUUUGGUGAUAGCAGGAAUUGGUGAUUUGGCGAGACCUGCGGAAACCUUGAGUGUGCCCCAAAGUGCGGCCCUCGCAGCCACGGGGGUUAUAUGGUCACGGUAUUCUCUAGUUAUCAUACCCAAAAAUUGGAGCUUGUUUAGUGUCAAUGUUUUCGUCGGAUUGACACAAAUUGUACAACUGUACAGAGCCAUAGACUAUCAAAGGAAACACAAAACUGACAAUUGAGCACAGAACAAAUCCCGGAACAAAUAUUUUUAGAUCUAUUUUAUGAUUAUCUAUUUUUGAUAAUGUCACGUUUGGUAACUAAAUAAAAUUUAAUAAGCCCAA